AUGAAUCACGCAACUUUCCUGCAUAACACGCUUUCAUUGGAGUAUCCAGGGACGACCGAGGGCGAUUACGGGACACACCGGCAGUUCCCAGGCGCCUCUGGCUUUGGGCCUGACGAGGAUGGUAGUCGCAGAGUCGGCGCGCUGGGAAAUCCCCUGGUCCAGCCGGUUUCCAUACCUGGUACCAACGGCGUGAGGUACAGUGCACAGCAGCCUGCGCUGCAGGAUGUAGCUUACUCUGCCUCUCCAUCUCUCCUCAUGAACUCUCCCGAUUCAUGUUCCGUGGCCGAAGCCUUCUCCCCCGCAGCUGGUUCCGUUUAUUCACACUCUGGCGGAUUCCCUUACGAUUCAAACAUGUCCGAUUUUCGAUCCCAUCGGGUCCCUGCCCUUCAACCACCCGCGGGUCUUUCACCUAGCCUUCAAUCGCAGAGCGCGGUUAGCGCAGCCUCGGCGCUGAUGGGAAGAGGCGACACCUACGCAUACACGUUGAACCGAAGUCCAUUCCCGUCCCUGUCGACGAGCUUAAAUGAUAUGUCAAGGUAUUCGCAGUACACGAGCACGCCGCGCCUAGCAGUCGAGAGCUCGUUGGACCGGUCAUCCCAGAAUAUACUUUUCGGCCACAAUGGGACCAUGAUGAUGGAGCCUGUCCAACGGGCACCAUCGAAUCUGACGGACGCACCACCUUUUCAUGAGACCAGUAUCUUACAAUCCAUCAUCACGGGGAACCAGACGAUCAAGCCCGAGAUCCAGGCCAAGAUCCACAAGGGCUUCUUCCAGGUAGAUGAGAAGUGGACCUGCUACCGGCGCAACUACUUCUCGGUCUCCUGCUCCUUCUCGUUACGCCCUUGGGCCCCGAGCUCUUCGCUGUACCUCCGAUUCUCCGACAACACGACCGAGCGGAUCGGGGCGUUUGGCAUGUCGAUCUCUGCCAUCGUGAAUGAACAGUACGGGGAGAUCCGGGACCUGGUCCAACACACCCCAAAGCGGGACAAGCAGUCGGAGCGAAGACCCGGCCGCAUCACGCUCCAGCCAUCACAACCACAGCCGCUUCUCCUGGGCCAUGCAUCGACAUCCAACGGAAACACGUUUGGUUUCGGCAUGGGGCACUCCUCUGGCAUCCCCCUGGAGUAUGGGCCCUAUACGAACACCUCCCAAGCCUCCCAGCCCCCUACUCAACACACCUUCGAGCGCAUCCAGUUCCAAAAAGCGACGGCGAACAACGGCAAGCGCCGAGCGCAGCAGCAGUAUUACAACCUGGUGGUGGAACUGUGGGCGGAGCUGGCCGAUUCUGUCAACGAAGAUGGAGAGACGGAGUGGGUCAAGAUCGCCCGGAGGCUCUCGGACCCCAUGGUGGUUCGGGGCCGUUCACCGGGACACUACAAAGAUGGCCGACGAGACAGCACAACCAGCAUGGGCCCGGAUGGAGGGAAUGGGGCCGCUGGAGAUGGCGCCGGACCUGUAUUGCCACCCGGAAUCGGACAUCCUCCCCGUUCGCACCCCAGCCUGAUGGCCUACGAUCCCUCCCAUCGCGGAGGCGCUCAUCAGUACACCCGGCCGGACUACCGCCAUAUGCCAGGGACAGAUCAUUCACCCUUGACGGAGAGUCCCCUGAUCUCCUCCUCAUCCUCGUCUGGACUGGAUUUUGCGAUCCUCAACGAUUCCAUGGAUCCAAUGGACACAAUCAAAUCCGUGUCCAGCAUCGACUCGUUGCCCGAUUCAACAUUCUCCCUACCGUCCCCGGACCCCCGGAAGCUCGAUCUGCAGAGUCAGUACCGAGCUCCGCCAUGCGCCUAUGGAUACGAUUCGCCCAAAAAUAGCGACGAGCCCAGCAGCAGUUUUCCGGAAUCCUACGACCCGAUGAUUUCCAUCCUACAUAGCGAACCCGAUGAAUCAGCGCCAUAUCUGAGGCAACUCCCUCGUCUGGGCGCCAGCCAGUCACAUCCACCAAGCACCAACAAUUUCGAUCCUUUUUUCUCCAGUCGACUCGCCGACGGCCGGUCUUAUAAUCGGUUUGAGUCUAUCCAAAGCUCCCCCAGCUUAUGCACCUGA